AUGUUGUCUAAAGCGCUAGGAAAGGCAAACGCCGCAGUCCAACUGGAUAAUGCUCAGAAUUACGCUGCAGCCCGGGAUUCCUAUCUAGAAGCUUGCGAUCUCUUACAACAAGUACUUGCUAGGACAAAUGGCGAAGAGGAUAGGAGGAAGCUGGAGGCCAUUCGACAUACGUACACUAGCCGAAUAGACGAGCUGGACGAGUUACUCCCUGCAUAUUUACAAAGUGACAAAGCCUUACCCGCAAGGCCGGAGAGCGUUGAUGACUAUCAUGGGGUUCAGAUCGAAUUGGCCGGCUCCGAAGAUUCUGCAGAAGGCUCGGGAGGUGCGAGGAUAAAUAUGGGCGAGUCUCCCCCUCCGGACGCGUUCCGUCUUCGGUCCUCUCCAAAUCCCAACCAGGGCCAGCCGCUGCUCCAAUCCUCCUUCUCGGGGUCCCGGAUGCGCCGAAACUUCGAAGGACCCUCUCUCAGUUUACCCCAGCAGGAUGGAGGCUUUGUACCUGCCCCAUUAUCACCUCGAAGGCCGGUUUCGCCUGCUAAGCCUCCAACGCCGGAGCCCAUUGUGCGGCAGGAUUUCUCUUGGCCGGCUAACCGCCUAGCACCCGAGAACGGCGCGAGGAGCCAUAAGCGCAAUCUCAGUCACGAAUCGGGAUCGUGGCUGGAUCCGAUCGACGAAUCAGGUGGUUCGACUUCGUCCUCGAUUCACUCAAGGACCUCGUCGCUAGGGGUCAGGAGGAAACACCUCCGCCAUACCAGCGGUAACACGGAGGCGGAGUUCGACGCUGCCUUAGACGCCGCAGUAGAAGCUGCUUACGACGAAGGAUUUGAACCUAUGGAAUCGUACGACACCGUCUACGAUGAUAACAAUGAUUCCGAUACCGUUGAUGUAUUGACCAACGCGAGGCGCAAGGUAGAAAUUGCUAAGGAACGAGUCCGACAGACUGAACGUGAGGCGGCGAUCGAACUAGCCCGGGAACGGGAGCGCCAAAGGCAGAUCGGAGAUUUCUUUGAUGCUAACGAUUCAGACGAAGAAGAACGUGUCUUGGAAGAGAUGGCGAGGAGAUCCCAUUCACAAUCUAGGAUCCCUAGAGAAUCUGAUUCUAGCGGAACGACCUCUCGGACGUGGCAUAGUUCGGUCGGCUCGAAUCCUCCUACUUCCACAACUAUAUUAUCAACAGUAACCGAGAUGCCAUUACCUGGAGCUUCUUCUAAAGGUUCAGCGCCGUCGUUGCCGUCCCCACCACGAUCGCUUGCGCAAGGCUCCCCGUCACAGACCUCCCCAACGUCUGGUCUCAAGAUUGAAACCUCUAAGCUCAGUCAACCGCCAUCUAUCUCUACUUUUAUUGCUCAACAAAGACAGGCAUUGUCGGCGACAACAACGCGACCCGGACCUUUUUCCAUGCGUGCACCCUCAUCACCUGUUAGAGGUACUAGCCCAGCAGGGGUCACGGCUCCUCCAAGCCCACCGGCGAACUUAGCAGGUCCCCAAGAUCUUGAGGAACAUCGAACCGACUCACCGUCCUCUGUGCGGCCUGGUAUACACAAGAACUUCUCGUCUUCGAGUCUAAAGUCUCUGAGGACUCGCCAAUUUUCCGUGUCGCAUAUCGACGACUCGGACCUCUCGCCCAACACGCCUCUUAGCCACCAAAUUUCGAACACAUCGAUCUCUCGCCAGGCCAUGAUUCCCGCAUUGCCUACACCGCUGGCAGCUGCCUUUCACGAGCGAAUGGCGGGCGGCGUUGGUGGUCUACACCUCUUCGAUUCCGAUUUUCAUUCUCCGACUUCCCAUUCUCCUAACCAAGUUUACCAUAGCCACCACCUUCCUCACAACCCUGACGUGCCAAUACCUCUAGAACCGUGCCCGUCUGAUACCAUGCUCCGGCCUUUCUGGCUCAUGCGGGCCCUUUACCAGACCCUUGCUCACCCUCGAGGUGGAUAUAUCAGCACUCGGUUAUUUAUUCCUCGGGAUGCGUGGAAAGUCAAGGGUGUUAAGCUGCGCGCUCUCGAAGAUAAGAUUGCGCAGUGUGACUUCCUAACCGCGGCGCUUCUCAAGCUCGCAAGGAGUUUUGAGAAUAUUCUGGAGACGGUUCAGACGACACUUACACGCAAGCUCGGUAACGAGGUGGGCACACAAGGCAUGACGCCUUUCCGAGAGGACAGGGAAGCCGAGGCUGCGCCGCCGGUGCCACGUAGCGCGAGCGUUAGCGGAAAAGGAGGUGCAUUUAGCUGGCGAAGGCUGAGAAACAAGGGCUCGGCUGCUAACAUGACCAACGCAUACGGGGGGAAGACUAACAAUAUUCCGAGCUCGAUAGGAUCGGGAUCUAUACCAAGUUUACCCUUGACAGCCCACCCAAGCAGUCGGCCUGCGAAGAGGGAUCCCGCAUCGGUCAAUUUUGACGGGCCGUACGGAAACUAUAUGGCGAGCUUAGCACGAUUGUUUGACGCUGCACAGACGGUUGAUCAAAUUGCGCGUCAAGUUGAGGACCCUGGCUUACGCCAUGCGGACAAAACUCAAGUCGGGCUCGAGCUUUGCACCAGACACGCGGCUGAAUUUUUUGGGUUUUAUAUCUGCCGGUUCGUACUGGCUGACCUGGCGAUGCUGCUUGAUAAGUUUGUCAAGAGGGGCAGCGAAUGGGUGCUUACAUAG